AAUUAAAUGUAGGCGGAGUACUUCUUUUUUCUUAAAUGAAACCAAAAAUAUUAGAUGGUGAUUAACUUUGUUGGCGACUCCACUUCCACUCGAAACGUGUCAGUCAUGGCGAUGCUCUUGCUGCCACCUCUGUAUUGCCCAACUGCUUCUCUCUCUCUAUCGGCAUUCAAAAUUAUCCAGAACCGAACAAGAGCUUUCACUUCAUUGUAUCUGGGGUCUCUAAUUUCUGCUCCAUCUCUUGUUCUUCUCAGCUGGUUUCAUUGCGAAUUUCCUUGAAGACAAUGCUUUUCUUUCAAAAAACCUGAAUAACUGCCUAUGCUAUUGUGAAUUUAUAUACUUGUUUUCUACCUUUUGCUGCAUCUGGACAUGUGGUCGAGCAAGGAAGGAACUUAAUUAGCUAAAAAAAGUGGAAACAAUGGCAUAUUUAUUCGAAUUAAUUGCUACAGUCAUUAUCUUCGUGGCCACAAAGCCUUUCUCACUUUGCAAAUCGGCAUGCACGGCAGGCGUGAGAACAGUAGCCAUUGUUAUUCACACAUGGAUUGAACUGGUACAAGCUGCAAUCGUCUUCCAUUUGAAUCUGUUUUGGAGAGCAUUGAUUUUGUUCGUAGCUCUGAUAACUCUUCCUAUGCGUGUUUUGUCUGCCUUACAAAAGGAGAGGCUGCUAGAACAGCAUGUGCAUGACAUGCAUACUGAGUUGGAGAAUAUGGUGUGGGAUAUGAAGGAACUUCAAGACCGUCUCCGUACAGCCCUUAAAGAGCGUAAAAUAAUGGAGUUGAUGCUAGCAGAAGUUGAAGACGAAAAUGAUAAGGCUGUUGAGAAAAUUGAACUGCUAAAGGGUGAGUUACAAAAUCUAAAGCAUGAAAACAUUAGGCUGAAGGAGAUUAUUGGUAAAGAGCUUUGGAGCUUCAGAGGCCAUGGUAACACUGGGGUUCGGCAAGAUAUUGACGUUUCUAAUUCCAGCAGCUGUGGCAUUGCGCGUGGCAUCCCGUCAUGGAACUCCAGUAACGAGGGAAGUGACAUUGUCUACCAAGACCCCAUGAUGGAAAGAGACUCAUGGGACAAUCAGAGCAAAACUGAAAUGCCCGCUGUCUUAAGUACAAAAUCCUCAGACAGUGGGCCCAUACGUCCAUUUACUGCUAAUUUUGCCUUUAGAAAUUUAGACACAGAUUAUGAUCUUCACCAAAGACGAGCCGUGGCACUUUCUCAGAGUCUUUUCAGUGCAGUGCUGUCACUUUUAGUUGGAAUUGUUAUCUGGCAUGCUGAAGACCCUUGCAUGCCCCUUGUGGUGGCUCUUUUCACUAUUGUUGGUAUGUCGCUGAAGAGCGUGGUUCAAUUUUUCUCCACUAUAAAUAAUAAGCCUGCUUCUGAUGCAGUUGCACUCUUAAGCUUUAACUGUUUCAUACUUGGCACACUGACUUACCCGACCCUGCCUAGGUUUGCCCGAAUGUUGGCUCCACUAGCCUUAAGCCUUGUGAACCGACAAUGAGCUGGCUUGGUGUCUCUUUCACUAGCUUGUAGAUAUACUAGGCUAUAGGAAUUAGGAAGUACAAUGUACAAAAGUUUCUCGGCAUACUGGAGUGUGAAAUCUUGGGUCCGGCAAAGGUUGCUUAAUGUUUUCUCUUUCAAUGGCGUCCUGUGAAUUUCAUUUAGAAUUUUGUAAUUAAACAGAACAUGUAGAUUACACAUAUACAAUUGUACAUAUAUUUCUCUGAACUUGGCCGGUUAUCACUGUCAGUGUCAUUCUUCUUGCGAGGCAUGAAAUGCUACUUUGGAUUUUGGACAUUGAAAGUGAUACAAGUUAAUAAUUCUCAAUGGACGAGAAUAUUCUGCAUACGGUGGAAGAAGUCGCAUCAAUAUAGUUCAUACAGCUAUUCGCAUUGGAGGUCAGUGUCACUAGCUUAUACAUUUUAGUAUGUUUGGAAAAAAAUAUAUCACCGCAAAUGAUGUUGAAGUCAUCCAUUCAUUAUUUUUUUCAUUAUAACAGUAAGAAGAGUGUAUAUAUAUAUAUAUUCUGCUCUUAUUUUGAUCAAUGGACAGAGUGUUAAUUUAUAGCGAGAUAGCAUGCAUGGUUUCUUGCAUUUCAGAAUAUAAUUUUCUGUACGUGAAAUGUCGACCAGCUGAUCGAUGAAGAAGAGCCUUCCAUCAUAGGAGUGACAUGUUUAUACUCUGUAGCUGGUAGAUGAGAUUAUUCACUUUCCAUUUGUGGUGAUUGAGUGACCCGUGAUUGAUUGUUUCCAUGGAGAUAGGAUUUGUGAAGAUCUUCUAUAUUCAUGACUCAUGAGGACCAGGAUUCUGAGUGCAAUGUUAGUUUAGAGUUGCAGGCUGUGUGGUGCAUGUGUUUGAUUGAGUAUUGUGUGGUGAGGUGUUAGGAAAUGGACUUGUCAGAAUGAGGACCAACUUUGAGAAUGACUUACUAAGUUGAUAGAAUAUUGAUGUCUUUUUCCUCUCUAAGUCUUAUUUUUCAGUUGUGGAUCCACCACAGUGGACUCUAGAAGAGUGGUGAGCUGUAUGCGGCCCUAAUCUCUCUCCGUCUCGAUCUCAAUUUCGUUUUCAAAAGAGAUGUAACAUGUGGCUGUGCAUAUGUUAUGGUUUGCUCUUUGAUUUGCUUUAGAGAUGAAGCUGAUUGAUUUUCUUCUAUGGAGACAGAAAUUGAUUGGUUCUUUUUUAUGGUAGAAUCUGUUUUUCUUUUCUUUUCCCGGUAGCAUAUACCAAGAAAUGGGUGUAGUAGCUUUGCAAUUGCAUGCAGAUUAUAUAUGUCAUGUUUUGAGUCCUGCAGCUAUGUUUUCAUCUCCUGUCAUAUUUUUUUUUUUUUUGCCUUGUCUAGAAGAUGAUAAGAAUAGGAUUUGGUCCGCAGGCAGGUGAAGUUUUGCUGACUCGACAAUGUCAAUGGGGUUGUCUCAAUAUCACUCUUCCAAUUUUGAUCAGAGAAAUGUUGACAGAUGGGAGUUGGACAGUUUGGAGGAUUGAGAAAACAUGGCCGUAAAUGUUGACAGGUGGGUGUUACUUACUUGGCUUUCUAUGGUUAGACAGAUAAAUAUGAAUGGCAUGGCCUGCGAUUUCUAUGUUUUUCAUUUUGUUUCUUCUUUCACGCUUUCAUCCUAAAAGUUGAGGAUCGGUUACACGAGUUUAUUAGAAAAGUUUGGCAAAGUUUUACGUUAGUUUCCGAUUCAACGCAACUCUCCUAUUUUAUUUGGGCUUGAGACUGGAUACAUGAGUAGGCGAAGUAAAUUUCGCAAAAUUUUACUGCAGGGGCAGCCCUUUUCAAAGCAUAAACCUGCCUGUGUAUGAAAUCAUGAUUUCACUUUGACAAAUUUGGUCAUGCUAACUGGGAUGUGGGUGGGUAGAGACAAUCACCCACAUAAAAUGACCGCAAUUAUGGCUACACAUACACACGUCAUUGCCCCUCAUUUCUUCGUUAUGAGGAGAUAACCAUGCUUCUUUUCUGGAAUUUCUUGUUAUUUUAUCUUUGUUGGAAUUUGCAUGCGACCCAAUAAUGGCAUGGGAGCCGUGUUUACUGAUACCCCUUUGACAUCUCUUCAUUUGCAUAGAAUUUUCCAUGAAAAAACAGAGACAAAAGAGACGUAAAAACAGAGGGCUGAUCGGAAAAAGAGUCGCAUCUUUUCAUUUGCAAAGAAUUUUCUAUGAAAAAACAGAGCCAGAGAUCUAAAAAGAAGGCGUGAUCUUUGAAUAGGAAAAAGAGUGACAUCUUUUCAUUUGCGAAGAAUUUUCGAUGUGAAAACAGGUAGACAAAGGGAUGAUUUUUGAAUAAGAAAAUAAUAGAUUGGAGGAUCCAAGUGGAUUGACUUAUUGAGAAAAAAAGCCUGGUUCCUUCCUUGAAUUGCAUAGACCCUGUUUUUAUGCCAUAAAUAUCUCCACAUUUAUGGUGUGAGUAAUGUUAUAUAUCCCAAAAUGUAACCCUUAUUUUAUCUCAAAUCCACGCGACAUGUA